AUGAAUAAUCGAACUCCUCAAGCUUGUCGAACUUGUCACCGGCGCAAGGUUAAAUGCGACGGCCAACGGCCAUCAUGCGAGAACUGUCGCAACAGGCAGGAUGACUGCGAAUAUCCCACCACUCUUCUCCCGGGAGGCUAUGCUCUUGAUGUCACGAACUACCCGCCUCAAUUUUCGCCUUCUGGAUCCGCUCAUUCCAUGUCCAUGUUGCUAACAGAAGCGCCUGAUACUGAACAGUCGCAGAGCUCUACUAGGAGGGAUAGUUUCCAACAGCGACUAUUAGCAAUAUUCUGGUCUACACACCAUUCGGUAGAGCUCUGUGCGUGUAUCCAUCGGCCAUCUUUUGAAACAGAGUACUUGGAGCCGCAGAAUGAAUUCCUUAUGUACGCCAUAUCAUCUUUGUCGGCAAUCUAUUUGUCUGAUGAAGAGGCACGUGCUCACACAAACGACAUGACUGCAGCCUCUUUAUCCUCCUCAUAUGCUGAGCAGGCCAGAACCAUUUCUCGUCGUACAUCAGACAGCCAAUCAAGUAUGUUGAAUUUCACUUCUCCUUGUAACAAAAGACUGCGCGACUUAUUACAACGCUCCAUAUUGUCCGGAUGGAUGUAUAUAGGCCAUGCUAUUCGCAUGUCUCAAGGGAUGCGACUACGCAGGGAAUUCAACCAACGUUUACGUCCUCGAGAAAAGGAACGUCGCCGUCGCACCUUUUGGGCAUGUGUGACUAUGGAUCGCCUGGCCUCAUACUGGUGCAAUCGGCCACCUACCAUUCAGCUGGAUGCUAUCUCCAUUCGGCUACCUAUGGCAGAAGCUGCUUAUGCAUUCGACGAGGAAAGUGUGGCGCCAACCAUAGAUCUAGUGUUGCAAGGCGCCAAUUUCGAGUCUUUAUCCGGUCUUUUACAGCACUUUGUUGUGGCUGUCGCGCUUUGGGGCCAACUCUCUGGCGAGUACGCGCUUGGGGGGCGCGCAACAGCCAAGGAUAGCCCAAUGAAUCCUCUAAGCGAGAUACACAGGUUUCACCGCGUUCUCCUUGAAUACCAACGGUAUCUUCCCACUAGUCUGAAAUGGUCAGAGGAAAGUUUCAGAGCACACAGGUCACUGGGCCAGGGUCAGUUGUUUGUAAAUCUUCACUGGGUAAUACACCACGGAUUGUUUGUUAUCCAGCAGGAGUACUUACCGCAGUUUGAUCCGUUUGGAAAUGUUGACAUUGGUGAUGUCGGAUUUGAUCAUGCUGGCAUACCUUUCAAUUACCGAGACGAAGACGCGGUGGCGACGUGUCUUCAGAAUGCCCAGGCUAUUUCCUCCAUAUCCCGCGGAUUGAGUCGAACCGACGAUCCGGCUCAUCGCGAUAUCUUUCAGUCUACGUUCGCUGCGUGUGCUUUGAUGUCCGCCGCACAGGUCUGUCUCUGGGGACAUUUUGUGGAACAGCACACAAGAGAAUACUCCCAAUGCACCCCGUUUCUGGAAGAUUUUACACUUUUACUAGACACUCACCGAACAUGGUCUUCCAAUUGGAGAGUGUGUGAAGGCUUCGUGGAAUCCCUCGAGUUACUUAAAAUGCUUUACGAGUGUGCCUACGGGGCUACUCAAAUCUCAACAGGAAAAGGAAGCGAUAAUAGCGACGAUAGCAAUCAAAUUGAGUGUGGAGAGACAUCAUCAGCACAACCUUCUGAAGGGGCAGGUUUACCUGAUCCUACUACAACCAACCAACGCCUUUACUACCAAAUCCGAGCAAUCAGCGUUCUGGCUUUGGAAGACAAAAACUUCAAGAGACGAUGUCUUGCUGCUUUUAACAAAGCAAUGUGGCCAGAGAUUAUUGGUGAUGAUGUAAUGGAAGCUUUUCUUCUGGCAGAGCUUGACGGAGCUACUGAGCUCAGCACCGAGACGAUGCUCUCAACCUUUCCAGAGGGAGUAUCUGGGGAUGAGCUCUAA